AUUAUCAAUCUCAAUGAGUUUGAGGUUUGACGUGUAUUAUCGGUGGAUGAAUGUUAUUAUGUGGCGGCCGCUUAUAUUAUUAGCAUUUUUGUGUGGAGUGGUGGUAGUAAGCUUAGCAGCUAAGUCACAGAGCUAUGUCGAAACUAUAUCUGAUCCAAAGGAAUGGAAGAAGCUCCUGAGGACACGAACAAAUGUUUUAGUUUUGUAUUCCAAAGGCAAAGUGAAGCAAGAAGUAAAUAAUGUUUUCACAGAAGUGUCACGUGAACUUCGAGGAACGGCAACUCUUGUUCAUAUUGAGUGCAAUGGAGAAGGGAAAAAGCUUUGUAAAAAGAACAAAGUGGAACCAUCAUCAUAUGUUUUGAAGCAUUACAAAGAUGGUGACUUUCACAAAGAUUAUGAUCGAAGGGAAACGGUUCAGUCUAUGUCGACAUUUUUACGGGACCCAUCUGGCGACAUUCCUUGGGAUGAAGAUGAACAGGGUGUUGAUGUGGUUCAUAUAAAUGAUGUCAAUGCUCUCACGAAAUUACUAAAGAAGGAAAGAGCAUUCAUGAUGAUGUUUUAUGCUCCAUGGUGUGGAUUUUGCAAGCGUCUGAAGCCUGACUAUUCUUCAGCUGCCACUGAACUGAAAGAUACACACACAUUGGUUGCCAUGGAUGUCAAUAAACCUGAGAAUUCAGCAGCGAGGGUUAAGUACAAUAUUACAGGAUUUCCAACACUUAUAUACUUUGAAGAUGGCGUGCCAAAAUACACAUAUGAAGGGGAAAAUAACAAAGCGGGCAUUGUAGCUUUCAUGAAGAACCCUGGCAAAGCACCUGAAAAACCUAAAGAAGAAAUUUGGGCUGAUACUCCUAGUGAUGUGAUUCAUCUUACAGAUGCAACCUUCCAUGAAUAUAUUAAGGGUGAAUCCUCAGUGCUAGUCAUGUUUUAUGCUCCUUGGUGUGGCCAUUGUAAGAGAAUGAAACCUGAAUACACUGCUGCUGCAUCUCUACUAAAGGAAAAAGGGGUUUCUGGGAAGUUGGCUGCUGUGGAUACUACAAAAGAAACUAAAUUAGGUACUGAAUUCUCCAUAAAAGGGUAUCCAACUAUCAAGUAUUUCAAAGAUGGAGAAUUUGCCUUUGAUGUGUCAACUGCGAGAGAAAAGGAUAAGAUUGUAGAAUUCAUGAUGGAUCCGAAGGAACCUCCACCGCCUCCCCCUCCAGAAAAGCCCUGGUCAGAAGUAGAGUCUUCAGUAGUACAUUUAACAGAUGAGAAUUAUAAACCUUUCUUGAAAAAGAAGAAACAUGUUCUUGUCAUGUUUUAUGCCCCAUGGUGUGGGCAUUGUAAGAAAGCCAAACCAGAGUUUACAAGUGCUGCAGAUAACUUUGUAGAUGAUCCAAAGGUUGAAUUUGCAGCUGUUGACUGCACAGCGCAUCAAACCCUUUGUAGCGUCAAUGACGUCAGUGGCUAUCCGACUUUCAAAUAUUUCAAUUAUUAUAAGAAUACAAAACCUUAUAAUGGAGGGAGAACGGAGACAGAUUUUGUAAAGUUUAUGGAGGAUCCUGAGAAUCCCUUGAGUGGCUCACCACCACCGCCGCCAUCACCAAUGGAUGAAUGGGCGUCGGUCCAAGGGGGAAAUUUGAUCCACCACCUCACUGAAGCCACUUUUGAUAGCUUCAUCAACAAUAGAGAGGCACUUGUUAUGUUUUAUGCCCCAUGGUGUGGUCAUUGCAAAGCCAUGAAGGGAGACUACGGGCAAGCAGCUGUUGAAUUAGCAGCUGAAGGUCAGACUGGUGUACUAGCAUCAGUAGAUGCAACUGUGGAGCGAAGUCUAGCAACACGUUUCCAGAUUCGUGGCUUCCCCACACUGAAGUUCUUCAGGCAUGGACAGCUUAUAACAGAGUAUAAUCGAAGUCGAAAGGCUGCUGAUAUUAUUGAUUUUAUGAAGAAUCCUCCUCGUGAAGCAAAAGAUGAGCUAUAGAUAAGUGAAUGCAUUAAUUUUUAUAAUGGUUGUUAGUAUGUGAAUAUUUGUUGGAAAUUACUUACCACCAUGGACAAGUAAUGUACUAUGUGGUCCAAUCUCAGAUUUAGCUGUUAGGUAAGAUAAAUUUUGAGGAAUAUUUUGUUGCUUAUUAUUUGAGUGAUGAGUGUCAAAUGAUCUUAUUUAUGUUUCAAAACUUUGUUUUGUGUUGUUAUUUGUUAUGACUAUACUUGUUAUAAUACACAUUUCAUCCUUGUGUAAAAUCAACUGUGGAAUAAUCUGUAGUCUCUCUUCCAUUUUCUGUAUUUUGAAGACCUUUCUAUCAGUUUUAAGGUCAGAAAAAUCUUGGGAAUGAUAAUUGGGGGUAGUUAUGCUAGUUUUAGUAUUUAAUUUUUUUGUAUUUCUGUGCUCCAUGUUAUUAAGGACCCCUUCACCCUGACUUCAUGUGUGGCAUUAUUCAAAUAACCUGCUGUGAUUGUUUAUUGAGUAUUUUAUUUUAGAUAUUUUCCUAAGGUUUCCGAUACUUAGAUUUUGAGCUCUGUAGUGUUGCCUUUCAUAUGUUUUCUGAAGGUCAGCAAUUCAGAGGGUAGACUUUUUUGGAUUCAAUAUUGCACAAAUUAGUUCUAGUAGUAACUGCCAGUAUGUCACACUUCAGAAACUAAGGAAACAUUGAAGUCGCAGUGAAUUUUGAUUCAAGAAGUGUUAAAGAUUUAGUGCUGUAUUUGUAGGAAAUAUUUUAAGGUAUGUUGAAAGCUUUAUAUAAUGAAAGGAAACUGAUAAGCAAAAGCUUAAUAUAACAUGAAAGGGACUACAGUAAUGAUAAGCCUUUUAACACAUUGAUGACAAGUUUUUUCACUCAUGUUCCACUCAGGCAUAAUUCCGUGGUCACAACUACCACUCUUGGCAGACCUUUCACAAGCAACGAUUGGUAUAUGGAUGAUAUACACACUUCCAAGUACAAACGGGUAUGGCUGGCACUGAUUUGGAUAGUUUAUUUGAGGAUGAAGGGUUUCUGUAAAAUUUAAAAUGUAAAGCUUUGAAAUGGAGAAGGAUAUUAUUGGUACAAAAUGAGAAAAAGAAUUGGGAAAUAUAUAUGCUUCAAAUGAGAAGAAAAUACAGCAUAGUAUUUAAACUUAUACAUGUGUAUAUCAGUAAGUUUUACACGUUAUUUUGUACCUUUUAAAAGUCUGUAGAGAAGGAAUACAUUGAAGAAAGAAUAAAGAUAGUAGUUUAUUGUGCAUUGAUAGAUUGUCAAGUAGACCAUUUUAAAUAUUGUAUUCAUUUUUAAUUAUUAAGGAAAGUAAGUGAAAAUAAUAAUUGCUUUUAGAAUACUUAAAGUUGUAGUUCGAUACUUACAGCAUUUAUUGUUGUCAAUUAUUCAGUAUUCAUCUUAGCAGAUUAUAGGAUUUAAAAUUGUAUUUUUCAUACAACUGAUACAUUGUAUAGCAUGCAUAAAUAUUGUUGCUGACUGGCCUUGUUUUGAUAUGCAUGAAAAGAUACAAUUUUGCAACAUGCACUGCUCGAGAAAAUGUGCAUUGGGUGCAAUUGUUGGGGCUCUGUUAGUUAGCUUUAACUAGUGCUGUAAGUGCAUUAGGGUGAAGGGGUUGCCAGGUUGAGUACAAAUAAGGAACUAACGUGAUCAAGUAGAAUAGGAAUUAGUUGUAAAUUUAAAUGUACAUUGAAGUACUAAAAGUUGGGAUCACAUUAGCAUCUAGGUAGAGCAUUCCAUGUAGUUGUAUGUUUUUUUGUUUCUUUUUGUGAAUUAAAAAAUGGAAAAAAAGCGUUUUAUUAAUCGUAGAAUUGAUGAUGCUGGCUAAUCAUUAUUCUUCACUUAUUAAUAUGGCAGUCAUAGGUAGUGUAUGAUGAGGUUGUUCCGUACACUGCACCAGCAUUUUAUGAGAGCCGUCCCUGGUGUGGUCUUACUAGAUUGGUUGAGGCUUUUGGGAUUAUGUUAUAUUGAUUUAAUAUUCAUGAUUUUUAGAGUUGGAAUGUAACUGGUAUUUAACAAUUUGUUUGUAACCUUAGCACUUGAUUUUGAUUAAAAAGUAUUUGUCAUGUUUGAAAAUACUAAUAACAGGGAAUAUUAUCUUGUACAGUACUUAUUUAUUGUUUUGAGUUUGGUAGUAGGUUUUAUGGAUUAGUUUAUGUAUUUUGCACUUUGUUACAGUUACAAUACAGUAUUUAUUUUUCUUCCAGAUUUGAAAAUUAAGUUGUCUCUCUAUUUUUUAGUAUAUAAUUUGAACUUUUUUUUUUUUUUUUUUUUGUGCACAAAUCUUCUUACAUGACAUGUUAAAAUAAAUAAUUUACCUUUU